AUGAGUAGCGUUGCCACCGUGGCUACGACUACUCCAGUGUCAAUGUCUCCAUCUACUCACAAUACAUCACCGUCGAUUAAGCGUCAGAAAGUCACUGAAGAUGAGGCAUCCGUUGCAGUAAUUGAAUCAAAGGACGGUAUCCUGGACGCCUCAUUGACAAUGGAAAACACAAGUGAAAACACACCGAAAAAUGAAGCUGGAAGCUGUUCGAACUUGACGUUAAGUUUGCAAAAGGAUCCGUCGUGGAUGUUAGGUGACGUUGAUAACUUUAGUGGUUUAAGUGCCAUUCCAUCAAUGAAUGCAGUACUGGAGAAGCGCACGUCGAGUCAGUUCUCUAUUGGCUCUUUGCUCCCUUCUUCUGUAUCUGGUAAUGAAGUACAUAUCACGGAUGAUUCACGCACAGAAGAUGCGGCAAUGGACAAUGGCGAGGCUACCACAGAUCAUGAAGGUCAAGGUCCUGCAGGUACAACGUCCACGAUUGCCAUGGUGGCGACGAUGGCAGCAGGUUCCGGAGGCAAUACCAAGUAUAUGGAACCUGUUACAGGUGACUAUAUGUAUCCGGAGAACGUCAAGCCAAUGAGUUUUUACGACAAGCAACGGCUUGUACAGAAAAUUACGAUGCUGCCGAGUCAGUAUCUGCGAGGACUCAUGGAUGUAAUCAGCAAGUACCAGCCAGACACGGUGCGUCAGAUCGAUGACGACGGUUAUGCGUUUGAUUUAGGUCAAAUGAAUGAGAAUACCGUAUGGGCUAUUAGCGACUACGUCAAGGACUCGAUGAUUGAGUUGGACGGAUACAUCAAAUCUCUUAAUCAGACGGGUAUCAGUUUAUCUACCGAGGAAAUGCGGCAAGUAGGUGGCACUAUCCUAACAGCGACGAGUGCAGGCAUCUCGAGCACUACCGCCCGCCAUCUUAAUGAUAAUUUAGUGCUAAAUCCGACCAAGAUGUCGUCUAUUACAAACAAUGAGAAUCAGAACAAGUUUUUGGAGCAGGUAGAGAUGUAUUCGAAACCAAAGGUGACCAAGUCGCGCGUAAAGCCCAGCAAGAAGCACGAAUGUCCAACAUGCAACAAGCAGUUCCGUGGACGGUCUGAGUUACAGAAUCAUAUUCGAACCCAUACGGGUGAGAAACCGCUCAGGUGUUCGUACACUGGUUGUACGAAGCGCUAUGCCCACAGCUCGAACCUGCGUGCUCAUGAGCGAACGCACGCUGGUAUUAAGCCAUACACCUGUCACUAUGACGGUUGUGGCAAGAGUUUUGCACACUCGGUGUCGCUUAAAGAACAUAUUUGGAUGCAUGCGGGGUUCCAGCCCUAUGUAUGUCCGUACGAAGGUUGCCAGAAAAAGUUUACACAGGUGUCGAAUUUUGCACGACACAAGAAGACGCAUGAGAAAGAGGACCGUAGUGAGAAUGAGCAUUCUAUUGAAAGCGACGAUUAG